AUGGUCAGACCAGUCACACAGAUUGACCCUUUCAAGGCUCAUCCGCAACCAACUACACCCCGUGAGCCAAACCAAGACCGCAAAAAAUCAAAAGUCACGCCAAGUCAAAUUGACUGUAGUCAAAGCAUCCAAAAACAGCCUCAGAUCAGCCGUCUGCCUGUUACUACGUGGGGAUCUCCUUGGAUCAAAUUUAAGGAGCGCUUCACUUGUGAAAUAGCUGGUCCCACCAUUGUUGCUGAGAAUAUUAAGAAUCCCUCUAAGAUCAUUCAUAUCAGAGAAUUUUCGAAGCACAAAGCGGACUUAUGGAUAGAUGUACUUCGUUGCACUUACCACCCUAACAUUGUUUACGCCAGUGAAAUCUUUCGUGAUCAUGGAUUGACGUACUUCGUUGUCGAUGACUAUCCCUUAACUUUGGAAAACCUAGUAGCCUGUAACAUCCUCCCCUCCGAGCUUCAGCUGGCUUCUAUACUGAGACAGAUAGCGGCUCUGGAACACUGCACCAGACGGCAAUUGAACCAAUCUCAUACCCAAAGCAUUCGAUUCAUUGCCGAUAUCACGAUGCUUCUCAUGCAGAAGUACCUUAAGCCUGGUGGAGUGAUUGGCAUCGACAAUCUACACUGGCAGUCGGAGGCUUUGGAAUUCUUGUCGGCAACAGCAUCGGUAGUCAAUGUUCAAGACUUAAAGAGACUUUCUCUUUUCAAAAAACAUCAGUGCUCCAAAGAUUCUCUGCUUACGCUUACACGUCUUGCUUUUUAUACCACAAAGACUUGGAUCUUGAAAGAAUAUCUGAGGUAA